CAACAUUGGACAAAAACGAAAUUAAAAUGUAACUUACUUAGCCUACUUACGGUUUUCGUGAGGAUGUUUUGGACUUUGUUUGAUUUGAUUAAGCUUUGAAAUGGUGCCAAAGCCACCUGGAAAGAGUGAUCAGAACACUAAAGGAAAGCAAGAGAAACGAGAACACUGGCCUGUCAAUGCACAAGGUCCGCAUGAUGGAAGUGGAACAGACGAAGAAGGUAUUUAAUAAAGUUAUUGUUGUAUGUGUUUAUAUUUUGAGCUUACAUGUAAAAGGUGCCGGAUUACAAAUACAAACAGUUCUCUUAUACACAUAUAGUUUUGUUAUAAAGUGUUAGAGCGUUAUUGUUUGUCAGAAUUUUAGCUGAUAAAUUGUUGUUGUAGCCUUUAAUAGUCUGAUGCAAAUAUAAGUGACGUGGUUAUAGAAAAUGAAGAAAUAUUAUGACAGAUAUAGUAUUAUUAUGUUCAUUUAAUGAACUGUUUUAUAGAUUCCAAUGAUGUUGCAAUUUAUAACUUGAUUGAUACAAUUAACUUGAUGAUUACACACCUAGCUGCCAACCGUCGCAGAUUUGUUGUGUGACGUACUCGUUAUUAUGACAUGCUUUUUAAAGCAUGAAUUAAAAUUCUCUAAUUAAAAUUCCCUAACCCCUAAGCAUGAAUUAAAAUUCUCACAGUACGUCUCAUGAGGAAAUCUGUUUAAUUAAUUAACAAAGUAAAGUGGAUUGAUGGGCUUAUAAUUGUUGAAACAACCCUUGUUUUGUAGAAACAUCGCACUCAGUUUCCAGUAAAGUGACUGUGACACUGAAUUUGAUUCCAAUAUGUCCAAUAACACAUACAGUACAUGUUGGAGUAAUUUUUUAGCAGAAAGAUUCGUGGAUUCAAAAAUUUGAGCGAAAUGAAGAACCAACGUUUUUGUACAUACAAUCGAUCCAUAAUAAGGAAAGCUGAGAAAUUUCCAGGAAACGACAAAACGCAGACUCCAGGUCUGUGGACUACCUUCGUGGACCUGGUCCAUGGACUACCUUCGUGGACCUGGUCCAUGAACUACCUUCGUGGACCACAGACCACUCCCUUGCACCACUCUUGUGGACCGCUUGCGAGAUACCAGAUUUUGGGGGUUUGAAUUCUUGACUCCUGUGCAUGGAAAAAUGUGCUCGAGCCGAGUUCAGUCAUUAUAUUAUCAUUGUGGGAACUCUAUACAAAAUGUGAAGUUCUAAAUCCAUUCACUAUAUGACUGUUCUAAAAUAUAAGCGUACAAUUACGACUUUAAUGCAAAGUUUCCGAAUGUAUGGCCUUAAAAUUGGUAGUUUUUUCCCAUCGCUACAGAAAAUGCAAGAAAAGCAGUAAUUGAGCUUCAAAAAUUAAUAUUUUUGGGAGAAGACCUUCAGGCAUUAAGAAAGGUCAUUGCAACUUAUGACUUCUACAGUUCAAGUGAUCGAAUAAUUCAGUAAAAUCCUUUGACCACCCCUCCCCUCCGGAUUCUCCACAGUAUUCCUAUAUUUUUUGAUGAACCCUGAUCGACUACAUUUUUUCAGCAUUUUUACAGACUUAGUAUUCACUGUUCAUCAACAAAAACUGAAUUGAUUGUGAAAUAAAUAAUGGAAAUGAAUAAUGAAAUAGUUCCCGCCAAUCUCGGCUUCCUAAACUCAGUUUAAUAGUGCUUGGUCUAUUGUUCGGUAGGCGAAAUUUUGCAAGUGGUCCAUGAGAGUGGUCCACGGGAGUGGUCCGUGGUCCACGAGUGUAGUCCAUGGACCAGGUCCACAAAGGUAGUCCAUGGACCUGGGGUCCGCGUUUUGUCGUUUCUCGAAAUUUCCAAAAUCUUACAGUUUUUCACCUCUAGAUUUUGUAAAAUGCAACUGACGAUUUCUGCCACAGGGUUGGCAGGUGUGUAUAUAAUUAUCCAGGCUGCAGAGCAUGGCCAUUAGUUGGAAAUUCACUGACAAAUUUAUGAAAUUUACUGUAAUUUCUGGUGCCAAAUAUAUCACCAAUUGAAAGCGGGUGGGCAAAUUAACCUGUCUUGAAACUACUAGGCUGUGGCCGAAAAUGACCAAAAAGUGUGCAGGCGAUUAAUCGCUAGACUUGUGAUAAUGUUAGUCAUGUUAUUUAGCUGUGUGGUACGUUGCGCUCAAAAUUUUUAACGUGUGGAUUUUAGCGACGAGGGGUUUUGUCAAGUCAUAACUUGUUGCAUGCUCGAGCAGUGCACCAAAUUGUGCUGGCUCAAAUCAUAGUCAGUGUGUAUUAGCCAAACACAUUUAAGAAUUGACCAUCCAGGAAUUUGUCAUAAUAUUAUAUGGCAUGCAUUUUUACAAAUUGAAAAGAGCUGCCGGUGCAGCUUGGUGAACGAUGAACCAUGAUCUACCCUUUUAAUUAAUGGUCUUUAAAUUUUUUAUACUGUCGCUACCAAUUUUAUGAUCUUAUGUAUGACAACUCUGUCUGAAGUUUUUUUAGCUUUAGUUUUAACAGCUUUAUUAGGAACAAUAACAGCUAGUUCCCAAAAGAGAAAGUAACGAACGGGUUGUAAGCAGGGUGGAGGGUGCACUAAUAGGGUGAGGCGGUUCAGGGUAAAAACCAAAAACUGUAAAAAAGCAACAACAAAACUUAUGUCAAAAUAUAAGUUAUGUACAGUUAGAUUAAUUAAAACUCAUGCUACAUGAUGUAUGAUCUUCUUAGCUUCAAUGCUUUGCAAUUUUGCACAAACUUAUGUCAUUACUGCCAUUUAGUUUCAGUAUUACUGAGUUUCAAACAGUUUUUCCAGUUUUUUCUGUUUUUUUUGCCUAGGAUAAAUUUUUGCCUAAAUAUAGCUUUAAAUGCCCCAAGAGUCUUGAUAACAUGUCAUAAAAUUGUAAUGUCACUGAAUGUGUAUUUUAAUCAUAUUAUGGCCUUGUGUUUGGUCGUAUCACAUAGAACCACAUUAUAGGCAUUGUCUAUUGUUGGCGAGCACAAUUGGAACCGUGCAUUCAUUUGGCUAUUCUGGGUAAGACUGGUACAUGCCCUGCAUUUUGGAAGCACUCUCCCAAAAUCUUAAUCCAAGCUAUGCCUUUAAUUGUAUGCCCACACUAAUGUCUUACAUUUUGUAAUUUUGCACCCCAAGAUCUUGUUGAAAAGUGCCUUACUCUGUAGCCUGGAUAAUUACAUAGUAUACAAAUAAUGAAUGUUUAUCAGACUGAGUGUAUGAUGGUAAAAAUAUUUUCAUGAGGUGAAAGUUGGAAUUUUCCAUUCCUUUAGGCGACAGCCGAUUUUUAUUGAAUUUAUAAUGUUCAUGAAACAAAAUUAAUACAUCCUAACAUCCCUGAAUUGCAACUAUAAACAAUUUGAAUGUUUGCUAUUCACUUUUUAUGUGUUGGUUAAGUUCUACAUCAGGGGUGGAAAAAAUAUUUUACUUUCCGGGACUGCCAAAGGGCAAUAAAACAUUUUCUGUGAUAAAUCAAGUAAAUCUAUUUUAUUAAUACUUGGACACUGUAACUGAGUGUAUAACCUUAACAAGUUGUCAAACUGAAUCGGUCAUGCUAUAUUUUCGCAGAAAAAAAUUAUUUCAGUGACAGUGCACUGAGAAUCUUAAUAAUACUUUUAGGAAUAUGACAGAAGUAGAACUAAUUCAGAUAGUUUUCCCUCUGAAUUUAUCCUUUUAUCUAAAUUUUUACAAUUAUAUUUUUCUUUCUUGGGGAAAUAUUUUCUGGGAACUCAAAAUAUUUUCUGGGACCAAUGGUCCCGUUGUCCGAUACUUUUUCCACCCCUGUUCUAGCUACAUUUUGAAGUUCUUCUAUGAAAUUGAAAUUGAAGCAGUGAUAAAUGUAAAUGGUACAUUUAAAUAUGUUGCGGCGAUCUAACCAUGCAACUGAGCUACAGAGAGACUGUCGUCGAGCUUAUUACCCUUUUCAUGCAAUAUUUCGAAAAAGCCUUUGUAAUAGUGUAUUAACGAGGAGUGAAAUUGGACUAGUCAUGUAAUCAUAAUUAGUAAAUACAUUAUUUAAUUGCAGGCAUGCAUAUAUAUGUGCAUAACAUAAUAUGUCACGUAGUUGACUACAGGGUAUACGUCCAAAAUCCUAACAUCCCAGGUCGGAUGGUGCCCCCUCAAUUUUUUUCCACCUCCCCAAGCAUUUACACCAAAAUUCGACCUGCCAGUAAUGGUACAGCUAGUGAUUCCUGUCUGUCAUUUUGUAAAUUUAAAUCUAUCUGUGCAUGGAAUACCCCAAGAUUAUCAAACCAGUAGCAAAUAUAACUGUACUGUCAAAGUGAGUAAUGUUUUGGCGGUGGCACGGAUUAAUGUCCAAUACCUCUGCAAGAAACAACAUAUUAUAUUGAUAUAUUGCGUGGUUUCUUUAAGAACGAAGCUACAACAACAUAUUAUGUUGAUAUGACAAUGUGAUUAUGCGCGCGGGACAUAUAUAGUUUAAGUUUUAAUGUGGAACGAAGCAUUAUUUGCUGACAUGUGUGAUACUUUGAAUGUAGAACGAAACAUAUAUGAUAUAAGCAUUCAUAUGUGAAAAACGCAUAAUCAGCGGUGAAUAGACCACUUUGGCGGUUUUGUGUGAAGUGGAAACACGUGCUCGAGAAAUCGGAAACUCGGACAAACAUGGCGGAGCGUAAUACAAAUGCUAUUCAAAAUACACAAAUGUUUCGACCAUUUAAUAGAUAAAUUUGCUCGCUUUCGUCACGAAACAAUAGUCAAAAUGGAAAAUAUGUCACGAGAAGAAAAAUUGAAAGCCAUGAUUCAUGAAGCUGCCGGAGCUCAAAGCGUACUUACAAAAUCGAGGAAUCACCGUUAACAGUUUACCUCAAACCCGGACUCGUAUUGCUUGUGCGUCGAGGAAAUGAGUUUUUCAUUGCUUUUUCAAGUCAGUGAAGCCCAAGACCAGUUAAAUCUAAGCCGUCGUUUGAAAGUUCACGAUAUUCAGCUGCCUGAUCCUUUUAAAAUGAAUGUUUUAAACGAUUUUAAGCAUUCUCGCCUUGUUUGAUAUAUUUAUCAUCUCAUAUAUCACUCGUCAGAAUAUGACAAGCAAAGUCUAGCAGCUUAUAAAUAUCUUUUACAUAUCGUAGACAUUUUAAUGUUGCGUUUUAUAUGCUAGACGGAGAUUAGGAUUAUUCUUCUUCUUCUCCGUACUAGUUAUUGCUGGGCGUUUUUCGCAGUGCACCAUGACAACUACUUCCAAUACUUCUUGUUCGGAAACAGAAUGGUUUUGUCAGUAAGGAGAGUUUCUGUAUGCAUGUAUUUUUUAGUAAAGUAGUAAACGAACACACAAAACGUUCUUCAGCCGAAAGAGAAAGCGAAACAGUUUCUGCUAAUUCUGCGUGCCUUAUUUUAAAUUAAUGUUUGAAAUGAAUAAAAGGUUGCUUCAUUGCUUGUGUUUGAUUUUAAAUUAGGUUAUAAGUAGGUAAGUGCCCUUUCAUUUUUGUUUCUGCCCUUUUUAAAAUAAAUAUGCCCUUUUGAUAACAAAUCGCAGCCCUUGCGGCGAGCUCGAGACCAAGGAAUAACCAGACAUACUAGCACGAUCACACUUGUUACAUAUAGUACGCUGCCUAUAUGAUAAAUAGGCCCCACAGGGGACGACCUGAACACCACUGGAAAAUAUAUUUCUCUUCCAGGCAGCAAAAUCCAAAAAUAAUAAUUUCCUGCGUAAGUCAUAUAUAAACUUCCUGCAUACUCUAUGCAGAUUUCAGGGGACGUACUGUAUGGUGCCGCACAUUGGGAUAAACUUCAAUCUCGGCACAAGGCACUAAUCUCGACUUGCCCACGCUUUUGAACAAUAAGUAAAUUAAUAUGGCAUUCCAGUAUAUAAGAUGACAAGAUGUAAGAAAAUUUCCUGGGAAGAUAUUUUGUUAAAAAUAUCCUGGCAGCGGUGCUGUUGGGGAAUCCCAGCAAAACCCAUCAUUUGUGCACUCACAUCAGUGGUACUUCCAUACAAUCCACACUUGCCAAUGGUACCCCAAUCUUUGACCAAGUCUCCGCAAUACAGCGAAUUAUAUCAGCUUUAAUAAUAUGCCACAAGCUCUUAAGACAGUAAAUAAGCAUGCUAAAUCCCAGCAUUAGAAUAUGUCACACUUUACAUGUACGCUUGAAGCCCAACAGGAGUUAGCUCCAUGCAAAGCGGUGUGGAUAGACCCUCCCUAUAAUGCCAAAAAGAAUUCAUUGGAAGCAUGCCAUGCAGAGAUCGGCAAAUUCCCAAGAUUAUGCAAAGCAUUGAAUGGUGAAUAGAAAAGCAAGGAUGAACUUCCUACAGGAGCUCAUGUUAAUUUGAAGACGUUUUAAAUUUGGACGCAAGCAGCAAAACUGUAAAAACAGAUAUUGGUUAUUAACAUAAUACUGUAAGUUAGUAGACGUUCUCUGGUUUUAAAUAUUUAUUUAUUACGAGCUUUCGACUGCCAGUCUGCAGUCUUCAACGGGUGGAUUACAAUGAGAGUGUGACAAUUACAACGGUUUACAGUUACAAUAAUUAGUAUAUUAGUUACAUAUAGAUACAAAAUGACAAGAUGACAGUUCCGCCUACAUACAGGAAUAAUGACUUGAAUUACAUAUAGAUACAUUCAAAGUUUUUUGUUAAGUAAAAAGCGGUACUGUUCCGGUAAAUGUUUUGAAUUGUUGUCAGAGUUUUUUGUGCAUGCAGUAUGCAAUGAUUCAAGUGUUUCUCUGUGCCGAUAGUCGCCUUUGUCAAUUAUUUUCCCGCUAUUGUAAUCUAUUUUGAGGUUGUUUGUCCAAGCGUGAUUAGCGAUAUUUGAACCACUUUUACAGAGCUCUACAUUUCUCUUGUGUUCCUUUUCUAGUGUUGAAUGUUCUGCCAGUUUCGCCAAUGUAGCGCAAUGAGCAAUCUGCACAGUUGAUCUUGUAGACCACGUUAGUCUGAUCUUCCGGUGAUGGUCUAUCUUUAGCAGAAGGAAAUAGCUGUUCCACACACGUAAAAACGCACAAGUUGUGACAAACUUGCGGCAGACUUGUAGCAAUGCUGUUCCAACAACUUGUCAAUAGGAUGUGUUUGCACUGCUUGUUCCCAGCUAGUUGACAAGUUGUCAAUGGCUUGUUGACAACUUGCUACAAGGCAGGCCUCGAAUUUCCUUGAAAUCAAUCGACGGCAAUGGCGUUAAAAAUUGCCAUAGAACGUAACAUCUGUCUACGGCAAUUUUGGCAGUUUCCAUGGCAUUUUUCAAAUUACUGUAAUAAAACUUUAAUUUUAUUGUUACUUUGGAUUUUUGACAAGCUAGAAACAUGCCUAUAUAUUUCUUUAGUGUUUUUUUUUUCGAAGAAAACUGAGACUAAAAUAGUGAUUUACGCAUGAUUUGAUCAACAUCUGAAUUCAAGUAUCAAAGUAGUAAUGCACAGUGAAUAGUAUAAAAAUUGCACUAUACGGCAAAAAAUUGCCGUCGUUGCCACAAUGAUCCAAGGCAUCUUGUUCUCCCUCUAUACGGCAAUUGCCGCGAGAUUGUCGCGAUAAAAUUCGAGCCCUGCUACAAGGUUGUUGAGCUCAACAGACUUGUUACAAGUUGUUCCAACAACUUGUUAUCGUCCUGCAACUCAUAAAUUGUCAACAAGUUGACAGUGACAACCUUGUAGCAACUUGAUGAAAUAACAGCAUUGUUACAACUUGUUGGCAAGCUUGCUGCAAGCCUGUUGCGAACACAUCUUGUUGACAAGUUGUGAGAUUUUUACGUGUGUAGAGUGUAAACAACCAAUAAAUGGUUAUCUCACAUUCAAAAUUAAUCUGAAACAACCAAUUUGUUGGUGUUUUUAACCAAUUAGCCUUUCUCACGCUGCCAUUUUUGGGGUACUGUAAUUUUUCGUAAACUAUUAUAACAAUGUGAAAAGCAAUAUUUCAGAACAAACUAACUAUUUACAGAGUAAAUUUACCAUCAUACACCCACAAAAUUAUAAAAUGUCGCCCUUACGUGGUGUUACGCUCGCAGGAUUGGCAAAAAAGUACCCCAAAAAUGGCGGCGUGAGAGAGGCUAAAUAAUUGGAACAUGUUAGUAAGGGUCAAUCACAACAGGGUCCGUUCAAUAAUGCACAAACAGAUCAAACUAGUACUAAUUUAUAGUUAUGCUACUCCUGGAGAAUUGUGGAUUUAUGUAUUUUAAUCCUUGUGUUGUAUAGAGUCUGCUGUAGCUGCACCGACGUUUCCUGUCGAACAGAAAUGUGAUAAUCAUGCUAGCAAAGUUUUAGCUGAUACAGUUCCUGACGUAGCUGCUAAAAGCGAAGUUGACGGACAUCCUAAAGCUGAAGAAAAAGAAAAGGUACAUUAGGAGGCACAAAAUUAAUAUCUAAAGCUUCCACGAGAAAUUUAUAAAAUGUGUAGAACACUUCAGAGCUAGAGAUUCUUACAAAUUCGUCGUUGAACUUAAAGUAGAGAGGUUCAGAUUAGACUACCGCGACCUCUUACUGCGUUGGUACGCAUCUGAUUGGUUAAUCGGAUAUAUCAAACGCAUCUGAUUGGCUAGUGGUCCCUUAAUGGUAGCAGUAGUGAACCUCAACUCUGAACCUCACUAGUGACAUGCAGGCAACGGAAAAUAUUUAAUAAGGGCCCGCCCCUAUUCUCGGAUACUUCCGAGAAUAGUAAUGUCACAGUUUUUAAGGGUGGCCAGGUCAAAAUUAUUUUAUUUCUUAUAAGUCACCAUUUCAAUGCAAUAUCCGCGUAGUUAAUAACUCUUAUCAAUUAUAUUAUUAUAUAUUAUUAUUAUUAAUUAACAUAUUUAGACAGGUUGACUUCUUCAGGCAGUGUACCGCCUGCUAUCAAUGAAGGACCUGUAUUUAUGCUAAAAUUAAUUAAGUAUUUAACUAAGAUUGUUUUCUUAUGACAUAGAAUGUACAAAACAUGAUCACUAAACAUACAUUAACAAUAGUACGAAAAUGUUCACAAUUACGGCGAACUAAAGUUAAAAGAUUCAACUUUUCUUUUAAAGUUAAUAUACGAGUUCUCAUUCCUUAUUUCCUCGCUUAGUGAAUUAAACAGCAAAACUCCUUGCACGGAGAACGACUUUCUACCGGCCUCUGUCUUAACUUUCGGUACAAUUAAACGUGAGUUGUUGCUUCGCGUGUUUAUUCCGUGAUUGAAACGUUGGAAGUUCACGUGGGGAAAAUUUGGGCCAAUCGAAUGUAAAGAUUUAAAAACAUCCAUUACAACACAUCUUUUGCGACUAGUUACACAAUCAUCAUGUAAACAAUUUUUUGGACCAAUUAUUCUUGCCGCUCUAUCUUGCAGUCUCUGUAUUUUGGAAUUAGCUGUGUUACUGAGGCCCAAAUACACUGGAUAGCAGUAAAACAUAAUAGGAUAAAUCAUUGUUCGAUAAAUUCUUUCCGCAACAUAGGGACUUAUAUUAGAGCGUAUUCGUGAGAGUUGGCUCAAACGAGACGAAACUCUCUUAUAUACUUUUGACACUUGACUUGAUAGAGUUAGGUGGUUAUCCAUAAUAAUACCCAAGUAUUCAUACUCUUUAACUUGAUUGAUAGAUGUCCCGUUCAUCAUUAUACUGCAAUCCUGUUGACGUGCUAAUUUUUGAGGCGUUCCAUAUAAUACAAAUUCAGUUUUUCCUUUUUUCAGGUUAACAAUUAACUUAUUUGAGUCCAGCCAUUGGGAAACACGUUCGAUAUCACUAUUGAUAGAUCUCUGGAUUUCAUCUGUGCCAUUCGCUGAAUAAUAAAGCACAGUAUCAUCAGCAUACAUUAUGAUGUUACAUUUCUUCAAAGACAAGUAUAAAUCGUUAAUCUGUAAGACAAACAGAAGAGGGCCGAGAAUUGAUCCUUGUGGGACACCGCAGGAUACAUGCUCCUCAUCUGAUUUAACUUGGUUGAAGUAUACGAACUGAGAUCGAUUGAGUAAAUAAUCCUUCAUCCAAAGAAGUUCGAUGUUUCUUAUUCCAUAAUACGGCAGCUUAUUGAGCAAACAUGCAUGACUAACCGUGUCAAAUGCUUUUCGUAAGUCCAGAUAUACUACACCAGUACAUCGACUUUUAUCCAUAUUUUGACGAAUAUGUUCGUUGAGAUAUGUCACAGCAUGCUGGGUACAUUUCCCACGUCUGAAACCAAAUUGUUGAGGGCAGAGUAAUUGGUUUCUUUCAAGAUGGUCUGUGAUUUGCUGAUGUGCAAUCCUUUCGAUGACUUUUGAAACCGUAUUUAGGACCGAUAUAGGUCGAUAAUUGUCGAAAGAUGCUCGAUCUUCGGAUUUAUAGAUCGGGAUAACUUUUCCGCAUUUUUCUGCAUUUGGGAAAGUUCCAUAUUCAAAACUCAUGUUGACCAAUAUACAAAGAGGCAGCGCUAGUUCUUCAGACGCAUCCUUCAAGAGAGAUGCUGGUAAGUUGUCGGGGCCAGCGGCUUUGGAAAUUCUCAUAGAUUGUAGUAUUUUGGCAACUUUUGAGCAAUUGACUUUAGAAAAUUUGAAGAAUUUGCCAGUUGGAUUUAUCGUAUGCAUUAAAUUAUCAUCAUUUCUAAGCGAGCUACAAGUUUUGUUGGUGAUUGUAACAACGUUUUGUUGUAGGCGGCUGCCAAUAGUUGAAAAAUAACGACAGAACCCAUUUGCUAUUUUCCUGGUAUCAGAUACUAAUUCAUUAUUCACCUUAAAAAAAGAUGAUUUUGAUGUUUUGUUAUUCCCAGGAUAUAAUUUUUUAAUUAACUUCCAAAAAGUCUUAGGGGAUUCACCAUUGUUGUAAAGGAGAUUCCGACAAAAGUUUGCUUUGUUAUGCUUUAUAGCAGAAGUAACUAAAUUUCGCAAACGUCUAUAAGUCGACCAAUGGAGUUCUUGAUUGGUUUGUCUAGCUUGUUUAAGAUAGUAAUCACGGGAGAUCAUCAUAGAUUUAAGCUCUCUUGUUAACCAUGGACAUACCCAUGGAUAUAUAUCAAAUAAUCCUGCCCGAACUAUAAGCAUCUCUAUAAUAUUCUACAAAAUUAUCCUUUAAUAUCCCUCUGAAAUUGCCGGGGCUUUUGGCUUAUAGUAUUGUCCUUUUCAUUUUUAGGAAGAUUUAUUGCGGAAGGGAAAUGCAGCAUUUCAACAUUACUACGCCAAAUAUGAAGCAUGUGCGAAAAACGUCAAACCCAGUGGUGUGAAAUGUAAAACGUGCCUAAAGGUACAAUGAAGUGUUUGCAUUAGAUGACGCUAGAGACCUUAAGAUUGCCGUUUUUGGCGUCUACUGGAACAGUAGUCGCGAUAUGCUGUCGACAAGAGGUUUAGUUAUAUAUAUUAGAGUGGACGGUUCACUUCUCCUGCGAACAGGCUCUUUGGUUAGGCUAAAGCCCGCGCAUGUACGAAAGUUUCCGAACUGUUUACGAUAAAUGGUUUUAUCAAUGCCGUCCGGCCUUGAGAUUUCCGACGUUAAUAUUAUAAAGAACUCCGCGAGUAUUUGCAGUAGAAAUACGAAAAUAUCACAAAAAAAUUCCGCUUGAAAGAUACUAUAAACUCGAACAAUGUAAAAUAGCCAUAAAAUAUAAACUAGCCAUACUCGAACAAUGUGAACUAGCCAUACCAUACCAUACCUAUAUACAAUACACUUGAACAAUGUAAACAAUGUACGACAAUGUAUCACUAAGCCAUACCUUUCGCCGAAUAUAAUAUUGGCCCCUUUCAACUUAUCUUUUUCGUAAUAUUCUUGUUCGAAUCACAUUCUAAGACACUAUUUAGAGUGUUAUUUUCAAGUUUGUAUCUACAGAUUUGCAACUUUUAUUUCGGUAUUUCAGAAUAUCUAAAUUUUACGUGAGAGCCUCGACCGGAAAUACAGCUUGACAUAUUAAAACAAUGCGAUGUUUACAUCCUGACACUCGCGAAACGUCGG